AUGGCGACUGGCAACGUCACCCACGAACGACGAAUCGCAGAAGUGAAACAUCACAAAUACACGUAUCACGAACGGACUGCCAAACGUCGACGUCGACGAUUGGCACCAAGGAAACGCCCGACGCGACGAGACGCAACACUUCUCGGCGCGAUAUCGCGCGGGACAGUUGCAGCUUUUAAAGCCAAAACCGGACUAGAAGUACAGUUAUGUGAUAACCGUGAUCCUACUCGAAUAUUUGGAGACAUACUCAAAACCGACACCUUAGAUAUUUGA